AUGUCUUAUGAUUUAAAUAUACCAUGGCCGUCCAACACCUAUAAACCCCCAACAGAAGCCGAAGUUUUAAACUUGGUCAACACCAUCAUCACAAACUACUCACUCGGCAUAACUCAUCAAGUAAUCAAUUUCACCGUGAAUGAGCUUGUGAAAAUCCCAGUUCUGAAUCAGGACGCGGUCAACCCAAUACCCACGAAACAGUUACUCGCAAAGCUAAAAGCAUCAUGUCCCAACUUGUCGCUCUUCACACGGUUGACUCUAGUCGUGAGCGACUUGUCCAAGAUGCAAGCGAUGACGAAACUACAGGAUUGCUUUGACGUGAUUGCAAUCCAGCCCAUGAAUGAAAAAGCACUACAGUUGACGAUAAUGAACAUCGAGUGCGACGUAAUCAGCCUAGACAUGUCCAACAGACUCCCCUUUUUCCUAAAGUUCAAGACUAUAGGAAGCGGAUUGCAAAAGGGACUCAAGUUUGAGAUCAGUUACUCGCAGAUUGUAAGUGGCCCAAAAGGUUACCAGAACGACGCUGUGAGUUACAACUUGCUCAAGAAGAACUGGUUCAACAAUGUGCUCCAGUUGAUCAGAAGCUCGAGGUCAAAGGGUUUAGUCGUAUCUAGCGGGGCCCAGAAUCCUAUCCAGUUGAGAAACGCAAAUGACAUCUUGAUCUUGUUAAAGACGUUGGGACUCGACAACAGCAGAGCAAAAGCGUGCAUCACGCUGAGCCCUGAGAGUGUCUUGGUGAGCGGGAAACUAAGACACAAGUCACAUAAACAAGUGAUUAGCGUGGGAGAUGAAAACUUGAUCGACAUCAAGCUGGAAGAUCUGGAAAAGAAAAACAAUGUAGGAGGCUAUAAGCGGAAAUUUUUGGAAACUCCCACUGGUCGUCUAUUAAAGAAGAAAAAGGUAUAA